ACGCUGUUCGCGCUGCGGGUUUGAGUGGGUGGGACACUGGGAGGUGAGGGUGGUGGGGUCCGCGGAGGGCGCCUCACAAAUGAUCGUGGACAGCGAACGCCAUGCCUUGUGCUCUGGGGAAUUGAGGAAGAUUCACCCUUUGGUGAUAUGUCAAGCGCGCGCAGAGAGCGUUGUCAGUACCCGAGAGCCGGCAACUUGGCUUAGAAGAGAUCGGCACUUGAUGCAGUUUAAGCACGUCCGGAGCGGAAACUGGUAGACGGAUCCGUCUGCAGCUCCGAGCCAGCCUGAACGCGUCAUUUGUCGAAUCCUCAAAAGUUUGCUAGCUUAGCUUAGAACUUAGAGCAUUAAUUUCAGAUUUUGUUAAGAGGUCGUGAGCUUGCGUGAACGAAGACGACAAGAGCCUGAGCGUCUGGCAGUCUGGUACCGCAGAGAGUAGAACAAGAUCUACUCCUUGGACCUUUGACUGGGAUCCGGCGCUCGGCUCAAAGUAGUUAUUCCACUGUCAGCCCUUUGACAUUCGAAGCAAGCGCAUAGCAGACGACAUCCUCUGGGUCAGCAGCUGAACUAAAAUAAGCGCGCUUAGAUUUCACAUCAUCUUCAGCCUGAACCAUUGUGUUUGCAGUCAUAAGAGUCCGAAUUCGGACUCCCCGCUAGGUCGGUCGGUCGUCGGUUUGCCGAACGAACGAGCGAUCAGGCCUGGAGACACGCUUGCUCCAUUCAAUUCAAUUCAAGCGGUUUCGAUCCAGCGGAUUUGUGAUCGACCCCUUCAAUCUUGACAUUCGAGGGGACGAGAGGAGCGCGAUCGGUCCGACGUAGGAGCCAGUUCUGAGCCAGGAGUGGCCAGAUCGGCACCGCAGGCACCCGCAAGCACGAGGCGGACGAGAUGACCUCGAGCGCGGGCAGGCAUGCGCUGGUGCUCGUUCUGGUGUCACUCCUGGUGCCCGGGAUCUGCGAGGCGUUCUGGUGCGAUGCGGGCGACAGCGAGGCGCUGCUGGAGUUCAAGGCCGGGUUUCUGGACCCGGGCGGCUACUUCACCACCUGGACGUACGGGACCAGCUGUUGCACUUGGGAAGGCGUGACCUGCUCGGACGCCGCGCGGGUUAGCAGCCUGAUCAUCGAGCCCACGUACCCUCCCAAGGGCGUGUACCCGGUGCGCAAGGACGGGUCACCGGACGGCUUCGGCGAAGCGCUGGGCCGCCUCGACGCCCUCGAGCGCCUGGUGCUGUGCAAUGUGAUCUUCGACGCGCCGGCGCCCAGCAGCAUCGGCUCGUUGGCGCGCCUGACUUUCCUUAAGCUCGAGGCCAACCGGUUCACCGGGCCCAUCCCUGCGACGUACGGGGGCCUAAGCGCGAUCACCAGCCUGCGCCUGAACUCGGAGCUGACCGGCUCCAUCCCGCGCGAGCUCUGCCGCCUCGUCAACCUCGAGAGCUUGGACCUGUCGAACAACCGGCUCGUGGGCAAUAUCCCUGCGUGCCUGGUGCACUGCCGCAACCUGACCGAGCUUGUGAUGACCGGCAACGGGCUGUCAGGGCCCAUCCCGACCAUCAUGGGCAGCUUCGGCAAGCUCAAAAUCCUCAACCUUCGCGACAACCGGCUGUCGGGCCGCAUGCCGGACGAGCUGUGCCAUCUGUGGAACCUGAACUCGCUCAACCUCGCGGACAACGAGCUCGCGGGCUCGCUGUCGCCGAAGCUAUCCAUGCUCAAGAACCUGUUCAGCCUGGAUCUGGCCCAGAACCGGCUGACCGGCAUGAUCCCGAAGGAGUUCGGUUCGCUGCCUAACCUCAUGUUUCUGUCCCUGUAUAACAACCGGCUGUCGGGGCCGAUCCCGGUCGAGCUGGCGCAGCUGCCCCAGAUCACCAGCAUUCACCUGUCGCAGAACAAGCUGAGCGGCAGCCUGCCGACCGAGUUCGGCGCGGUGCCCGCCUUCCUGCGCCUGCACAUCGACGUCUCGGGCAACCGGCUGUCGGGCCACAUCCCCGACAACCUGUCGAACCUGGGCUCGCUCCGCGCCAGCGACAACUACUUCCGCGGGCGCUUCCCGUUGUGCCUAACGGCCGUGGAGACGGUGGUGCUGACGAACAACCAAUUGACCAGCCUGUCGCACUACGACGCGCUGCCGGCGGGGCUCGACCUGGCCCUGACGACGCUGCGCCUGGACAACAACCGGCUGCACGGGCGCAUCCCGUCGUGGCUCAACCCGGCGCUGACAAAGCUGCAGGCGCUUGACCUGUCGGGCAACAAGCUGACGGGGGAGCUGCCCUUCGCGCUGCUGACGCUGCCCAGCCUGAGCAAGCUCAACUGCUCGAACAACAAGCUGGCCUCGCACCUGCCCAACCGCAAGCUCGUCUCCAACGUGGACACGCUGGACCUGCACAACAACGAGAUCUCGGGCGCCAUCACGCAGGCCUUCCUCUCGGCCCUGCCCCGCCUCACGUACCUCGACCUGUCCUUCAACAAGCUCAAGGGCAAGAUCCCCGUCGGCGCCAACAAGCCGCCCAUGCAGUUCCUCGGCCUCGACGGCAACUCCUUCACCGGCGCCCUUCCCCGCGCCGAGGUCACUCUGUCCGAGCCCAUUCGCAAGAAGAAGAGGCACCAGUACUACUGACCGGGCCCGACCGAAUGACCGACCGCGACCGGCAGAGCGAGCGAUUGAGCGAUUUGGGGAGCGAUUGAGCAAUUGGGAGAGAGCGAGAGAACGAGAGGGAGGGGGGAGAGAGAGAGAGAGAGAGAGAGAGAGAGAGAGAGAGAGAGAGUGAGAGACCUCUGCCGGCCUCGAGUCUUAUCACACUUCAGUAAAUUUCUUUGUUGAACAGCACGAACGUAGCAGGCGCGUCGUCUUCGCCCCGUGACGGCGCGGGGUGAAGGAGCGGGCUGCUCGAGAUUCGAGAGCAGGUCCGACCGAGUGCCUGCUAUAUCAUUGAGAGAAGAAAUGGAUUGUCACUCCUGCAGACAGACAGACAUACAGACAGACAGACAGACGACGUAGACCCGCCCGUGCGUGGUGGUGCCUCAGAUAUCCCUAGGCCUUCGAUGUAAAGACUUUGUAGUCGCAGGAGUCAUGAAGCUAUCGCGACGAUAACUUGUGCAAUUUAUUGCUCAUUCAUUUCCAAGGCUGAGCCAAAGAUCAAUCCAAGAUUAGAUUUCUAGGACUUUACUGGAGUUUUUGUUGUGAUUGCAGAUGAUACGAUCGUACUCGCUGUUGAGAGUUCUCUUGAGAUGUGACGGACUUUCUUUAUCCAGUAGACCAUUGUUCCAGGAUUCUUUCCAUGCACCACUUUAGUUCCGUGGGGUCAUAAAACUUGUAAUCAGUUAGCUAUAAAGUUGUAUAUUACCAGUAUAGAUCUGCCAGUACACGCGCCUGUCCUUCGCCCCGUGUACUCUCGAUGACACUUGUUCCGUUACUCCUGUCAGUACGAUACGCUUGACCUUAAUGUGAACGUAGGCUAGGCUUUCCAUAAUCUAACACCAUUAUUUCAGAUUGAUUCAGUUUCGAAUUCAGAUUCAGCUCUAGCUCUAGCCUUUUCAUCUUCUCGUGCUGAAUGCCAGAAGCUACAUCGUUCCUGUGAGAGUGCGCAGCGCUCAGGCACCUUCUCAAUCUCAGUACUGGCGCUCAUGCCUGGACCUCAGGAGAGUACCGAGCAAAUGUACGCGUUCAUUUUUAAAUUAAGAAGCAUAUAGGUAAGUCCCAAGCACUCGCGGAACGUCAAUGACCUGCUUGCCUGCAGCCUCGACUGCACACAGCGUCACUUUUUUGGAUGCCGAGUUCUUUCUCUUAUUAAAU